AUGGUGGCUAAUAGUUCGGUCUCACAGCUGCAGCAAAAGCUUGAGAUGACCGGGAAGCUCCGUGAGGAGAUCGAUGUGAUAAAUGUGGAGUCCUUGAAGUGGAAAGAAAGUAUGGACCGCUUUGAUGCAGAGAAAGAGGCUGCUCGAGCCCAAUUAUCAUCAACUGAAGAGGAGCUCGAGACUCGGUUGGCCUCUCAACUUGCCAAGGCCGAAAAAUCAAAAAUCGAUGCAGAUGCAUUCGUGGCCGUUUAUCGAGCCGAUACCAAAGCCGCUCAGAUCCAUGCUCGAGGCUUCGAUCUUACUGAAGAGAUAAAAAAGGCUAAAAAGUUUGAAACCGAUACUGGUGUCUUGGCCUCCGAUGAUGACGAUGACGAUGACGAUGAUGAUGAUGAUGAUGAUGGGAGCAAUAGCGGGUCUGAAAGUGGGGAGGAGACCGAUGGAGAAGAGACUCCGAAGGUGCGAGCCACCAAUCACAGCUGUGAAGGAGAGGAGCCUGCCCAGCCAUCGCAGUGCGAGAAUGAGGUUCCAGGCCAGGGAAGAGCUACUCCCCCAGUUGCUAGAGGCCGAGACAGAGGCCGAGGGAAGGCUCCAGCCCGUGGUAGAGGGCGAGAACGUCCUAGUACUAUUCCAAUUAUGCCGCCAAUGGGUCCAACAGAUAACCCCAUUAUUGAGGAACAGGAUGAGGUGCAUGUGGUAGAGCCAGCUCCGGUGGAUUUCACAUCUGCACCGGGAUUUUAG